GACGCCAAAGAUCUACACAAUAUGUCACUUGUCGGCAGUUAUGGCACACACCUGCUGCACAGCUUCCAUCCACAUCUUCUACAAACGCUCAAUCAUGGCAUGCUGGCCGCAAAUGGCGGCCCGGCGAGUUACUUUGCCAGCGAUCGCGGACUGGGUAAACCAUCGGUGCUAUCGAAUUUUCAAUUGCAGCAUUCAGCGUUUUCACCACCCAAAUAUAUUGGCAUAUCACUGGAUCAGAAUCUCUUCAAUGGCAACGAUUCAUUUCGCACAGACUCGGCAAGCCCCACUUGCACUUCCCACGAAUCGAUGGAGGGAUCAAACGAUUACGACAACGGUGAAAAGGGUGAAAGUCCGCGCAGCAACAAUUCCGAUCCGAGGGAUUUAAGGC